CAUGAGAUGUAAGAAAUUGAUGAAAGUAAGAAUAAAAGAGGAAGGGGAAAAUAGGAUAGAAAAUAAGAGAAUAAUGAUGGGAUUAGAUGGAAUAAUGUAUUGAUUGAUUUAAAAUUGGUAAUAUUUUUAAAAAGGGGAAUAAUAAUAGUAAUAAGAAUUGGUUCCUUAAAGUGUUGGAUAGAAAAUUUCAAAAUUAAUCAUUCAAUAGGAUUUUCCAAGUUUGGGUACAUUAUAGAAUUGAG